GUUUCCGGUUUACACCCUACAUCAUGUUUGGGACACACACCAUUUCCUGAAUCCAAAACAAAGGUGCUAUCAGGGACUACAAGUAGUAGGCAAUGUUGUGGUAUAUCUGAUGGUGAUGCUCCAGGUAACUCUAAGUCGACAGUGGUGUAGCCAUGAUAUGGUAGGUUCUCUCCAUCAGCACAUUCGAUGAAAGGAUUCGCUGACGGUGCUCACUGUGGAACCUGUGUCUAAUAGUGCUGUAGUUUGGAUACCAUUUAUCUUGACAGUGACUUCAUUGGGUUUGCCUAGUAGUUGAUCAGUGACAUCUCGUGUUGACUGUUGCUGUUGGUAUGCACAUGUUCUAUCCUCAGCGUUGAUCUUCUAGAAGUUGUAAGCUUGUCGUGAAUGGUCUAGUCGUACACGGUAACAAAUGGCUAUGUGGUUAAGUCCUCCGCAUUGAUAACAUACGAUAGGAUAUCUUAGUGAUGGAAUAGGAGUGGGAGCAGAAAAAAAUCAUGGAUAAACAAGAAGACGAAAAAGAUAACCUCACAAGGGUCGGAUUAGCUGUGUUAGAUGAGAUACAGGAUGCUGUGCGAAGUGUGAUUGAUUCAAAUAUUCCGAGCUCUUUAGAAGAUAUAUUCAAUAAUUAUCAGCAUAGAUUUUACCAUCAUUUUUCAAAGAAAUGUCAUUCUAAAUGUGACAUUAAUAGCCCACUUUUUAGAAAUAGAAUUAUUCUUACGAAAUCUCAAAUGGAAAUUGUGUAUGAAAAAUCAAAAAUACAUUCAGAAAAAAAUCUCAGUUUUUGCUGCUCAACUGCCAUUCCUGGAAUUGAAUCAAAGAAGUUUGACUUGUCGUUUUUAAACGCGUUUUUAACUAUUUUUUCUGAAAUCAUUUAUUGGCCAAGUUGCCUGUCCAAUCAAAGCAAGUCCUUGCAAGAUUUAUUAGAUGAUAACAAGCAUAAGCUGUAUCAUUUCUAUGACAAAAAACCUUGCUGUUACUGCUCACCAGGCAAUCAACCGAGUACCGAUGACUUUAAAAUCACCGAACAGGAAUUUGAGAAUUUAUUUGGUAAGCAAGGAUCAGUUUCAUGUAAAAACACAGGCUCUAUUGGUGAUUGCAUUUGUCAAUUUUCGGCAAACAACUUAAGAGAAGACUCGCUAGGUGAUUGGUUGACUUAUAUGGUUCUCCGAAGCUGUUGUUCGUUGAAACAAUGCAUAGAGUCAUUGGUGAAAGUCCGAAAUAAAUUUCUUGGCCAUUCUCGUAAUAGUAAGAUGUCCAAAGAUGAAUAUAAAAAAACAUGGAAAAUUAUUCAGGAAAAGGUUCCUGAGUUGUUAAAUCAUGGUAUAUUCGACAAAAAGAAGAGAGAAGAAGCUGUUCAAGAAUUUACCCAAAGGUUGAAGGACUUGAAAGUCAAACCACUUACAGAGGAAUUAUACAGACAAGUAAUGACAAAUUUGCUACAACAGAAUGAGAUUAUACAGGAUAUGAAAGAGCUGUCAGAAAACGUGGAAGCAGGGUUUCAAAAUUUUCAGUCUGUCGCAGAAAACACACAAGUUGGGGUUUUGAACCUUCAGUCAGUCGCAAAAAACACACAAGCUGGGGUUUUGAAUCUCCAGUCUGUCACAGAAAACACACAAACUAGGGUUUUGAAUCUUCAGUCAGUCGCAGAAAACACACAAGCUGGGGUUUCGAAUCUUCAGUCAUUGCCAGAUCGUGUGGAUGGAAUUGAAAAAACCUUGAUUGAACUCAAUAUCUUAGUACGUGAUCGAAAUAUAAAGUCGGAUUUAGAUACUGAUACAGCACCAUUUUCGACAAUAGACGAACCCGGGAGUCAAGAUCAAAAUACAAAUUCGGACUUAGAUGCUGAUGCAGAGCCGUAUUUGAUAGAAAGCGAACCCCGGAGUCAAGGUGCAGAAGCUGCCGAUAGAAGAGAUGAAAGAUCAGUUGAACUUAAAGAGCAAUCUAAUAAUAUAACUGGUGCUACAGGAUCUGAAAAGACAUUUAGACAAGAUGGAUAUGCAUACGAUAUAUUAGUUCUGCAUUCAGAACAUGAUGAAGAGCAUGUUGAUGUAAUGAUGAAAAUGAUAAAAGAAAAGGUAGCUCUGCCUGAUAUAAAGAUUGCCUCUGUUGGGGAAGAUAUACCCCCAGGAGCAAAUGUAUUUGAAGCAUUCCAUGACCUGAUGGACGCUAGCUGCUCUUUGUUGCUUUUUAUCACUCCACAUUUUUAUACUGACUGCUUGAGCAAAUUUAGAUUGCAAACUCAAUUAGCCCAUAAAAUGGAAGACGAACCAUGCGUAAUCCCUGUUCUAUUUGGGGAGGAGAAAAUAAGAAAGGAUCUGAGGGACAUCGGACAUAUCCAGUCACUUAUAUUUUUUAAAGAAAAAGAUGGCGAUAAAUAUAAAUCGUUUAUUCGAAAAAUUACUCGCGCAAUACAACAAUAUAGAACGAAAGGAAAUAAGUAAGGGUGAAUAAGUAAACAAAUCAAGAUCAUAUGACUUCAGACAAUGAUGUUCCAAAACAUAGGUUAUGUCAAAGCUACUACAACUACUUUCAUAGUUCUAACUCACUACAUUUGUUGCUGGAUAGUCGAGUAAUUUGUUGACAGAUAAAUGCGCAUUACUACAACCAGUGAUAACCACUACCAAAGGAAGGGUUUGAAACAAUUUAGUCUGGGAUCCUGACACAAUAUUCUUUAUACCGUAAGCGGACUUCUUUGUCGAAUAUAUUUACUAUUAUGUAUUUCAAAAUUGAUAUCCUGGAAAAAUUUUCAGAAGGAUUUUUGAAUAACUAAUUUGUAUUCAUUAUAUUAUUAAUAUCAUCAUUAUUUUUGAGAAUACAUUUUGAAACAUAUCACGCAAACAGGCCUAAAGAACUGAUAUUUUUGUUGAGUACUUUAAAUUCGUAGUUUACCUUUUCACAAAAAAUUUAUUAGGGGAUCUUGUUGCCCUAUCUUAGUUUUCUAUUUGUUUUAUGGACUGUUGCCCCAACGCUCCUUGGUAAAUUCCUAUUUUUGUCGAGCCUGCAAAAUUUAUGUCACGCGGAAGCGGUACAUAGUGAUCCUGGAUUAUGUCGUCGUCAUCGUUAACAUUUAGGUUAAGUCUGUGGUGAAAGAUUUUUUUUAGACAUCAAUAACAUUGUCAAACGUUCGUUGAAUUUUAUGAAAUUCUGACAGAAACUUUCUUGUAACAAAAAAUCAGUAAACAGAGUAAAAUUUUGAAAAUGUUGUUUUUCAUUUUUCCGUAUUUUAUUGAUAGUUGUGCCUGGUUUUCUACAGUUAAAAUUUACAAACAGUCUAAGGUUAAAGUUUUUCAGUCAUCAAUAACUUUGUCAAACCUUCGUGGAAUUUUACGUUAAUUGAACCGGUGCUUUUUAUGAUCAAAAGACAUAUAUUUUUUUUUCUUCAUUUUCCGUAUUGUACUGAUUAAUGGACUUUUUUUGUACUUUACAUGUAGAUAUGUGAGCCAAAAUUUGUUCCUGUGAAAAAAGUUCCAGUGGAAAUAUGUUCUGGGAGAACUUUUUUCACAGGUAAUUUCUAUAUAAUUUGUUCCAACUCUAUAAAAUAAGUUCCACACUUUACCUGGUGAAAUAAGUACCGGGUUGGUGAAAUUUGUUCCUUACCUAGUGAAAUAAGUUCCAGGUUUAUGAGAUUUGUUCCUUACCUGGUGAAAUAAGUUCUGAGUUUGUGAGAUUUGUUCCUCACCUGGUGAAAUAAGUUCCUUGUCUGUGAAAUAUGUUCCACUGGUUAAACAAGUUAUCUUAUAUACUGAGCAUUUGUCAUCAGUGAGUUUAAAGUUAUCAUUCAAGUGCAUUAUAAAAAUAAGUAUUAUAUUAAUAAUAUAAUAGAUAAAAAGUGUAAAUCAUCCAGUUUGGAUCCUUUGGAGUAUAGCAAAUGUUUAAUUAUAUACUCUGUAAAAAAUAUCUAAAUGACACUUUUGAACAAGAAAAGAUUAGAAUAAGAAAAAUCAUUCAGAAAAAAAGUAUAGUUUAAGAGGAACAUAUGUACUAAUUUGAAAAGGACAAAGUGACUUGAUCAUUUAUAAAAAUCAAAAGACAGGUAGAAAAAAAAAGACACACUCUUUUGAAACUGUGCCAUAUCCUAAGUACAUGUAUGACUAGAACACUGGGCCAUGACAGUUAACAGGAACCAAGGAGGAAUACCGCAUAAAACAUAAAUACAAAUUAUGAUACAUUACCAUCGCUUUUAUUUCUUAUCUUCAUCCUAUAGUUACAGUCAUGCCUUCAAUUGCAAAUGUAUCCCAUGCAAGUGCACUCAGUAUAGCAUUUAGCUUGCAUUAUAAUAUAAGUGUAACAAGAAAAUGUUUCGGUGUGCAAUGAUGAUUGAGCGGAACUUAUUCAUUAGUUUCUAUGAAAUAUUUACAUGUUCGUUUAAAACUAAUGUCACAGGAACUUAUUUAAAACUUUUUAAUAUUAAUUGAAACAAAAUUCAUGGAGCUAUGAUUUUAGAUCCGGAACUUAUUUCACAUUUGGCCAAAAAAUUAGUUCCGGAACAAAUUUUACAGUGCUGGAACAUAUUUUCUGUGAUAUAAAUUCCGGUGGAACAUAUUUCCUAUGCAAUUUGUUCCGGCGGAACAAAUGUCACGCCGGAACAAAUUUUUUGUUACAGAUACAGUCUAGUGUUAAAUAAACUCAUCAUAGAUACCAGGAUUAAAAUUUUGUACGCCGUACGCGCGUUUUGUAUACAAAAGACUCCUCAGUGAUGCUCGAAUAAAAAAAGUUAAAAGUUUGUGAGAAAUCAAUUACUUUGUCAAACUUUCGUAGAAUUUUAUGAAACUUUGGCAAAAGCUUUUUUUUUAUAAUUAAGUGAUAAUGUCUGAAGCACUUUUUUAAAAUAAAUAUUCUUUUUCAUAUUUAAGAAGGUUUACUGAUAGGUGGACUUUGGUAUUUUACAGAUAACAUUUACUGACAGUCUGUGAUUAUUUUUUUUUGACAUGAUAAAUUUGUAAACCUUCUCUGAUUGUUAUGAAACUCGGACAGCAGCUAAUCUUCAAGAUCGAGAAAUAGCAUCUGAAUAAAAAAGUUUGAAAUCUGUAUUUUACUUAUAAAUGGACUUACUUUUUACAUUCAACACUACGUUGUUGCACUGACAGCAGCAAUAGCAGGCGAGACACAGGGUUCUACGAAACCCUUUACAAUUUUCUACAAAAGAGAUAAAUUCCAUUUCAUCUGAAUUUCUAGAACAAUGGGUUAAAUUUUAAAAAUCAUUGCUUUCAAAUCGUUUGACUAAAAUUUACAAAGAAGUGCGUGUGCAUUGUAUUUUUUAAAGUAUCUCUCCUAAUUCCUUGUGUCCUUGUGGAAUGGUUUUUAUAUUUGCUAAUGUAUGUUAUUUGUAAAUUAUUUAAUCAAUAGCAUUAUUUUCCAUAAUAAAUCUUACUUCAACACAUGUAAUGAGAAUAAAAAUGGCUAAUUA